AUGGAAACAAAGCCGGGUGAUCCAGAGGGUUCUACUGCGACAUCUGGCAAGACCAUACAGAAAGAUGCAGAAGCAAUAUCUAAGGACAAGGACCCCGCACCAAAGGAGGGAGCUCCGUCAUCUCAAGAUGCUUUCCCAGAUCCAGACGAGGAUGACCUGGACGAUUUAGAUGAUAUGCUUGAUGAGUUCACACCCACCAGACCAGAACCCCCCUCGCCAUCCUCCAAACCCACCACAGCACCCAAGAACCCAAUCGCAGACGGUAUCUCCGAUGAGGAAUUUGCAGUACAGUUGCAAGCCGGUAUGGCCGAGCUGAUGGGCGAGCUCGAAACCUCCCCGGACAUGCAGUCUCAACUGGCGCAGAUGCUUAAGGAGCUGGGCGGAGGGGCAGCUCUGGACAGCGCAGCCGGCCAAAGUUCUGCGGCUGGACCGUCUACCAAGAAGAAACCUGCGGCGAAGAAGGAGGAUGCUGGUAAAGCUGAACCGAGUUCCAGUGCGCCCGACGAGUCCUUCCAGGAGACGAUCAAGAAGACGAUGGAGCGCAUGCAGAACAGCGGGGAUCAGGCGACUGCGGCUGCCGCGUCAGAUAACACGGAUGAUAUCCUGGCGCAGAUGAUGAAGGCUAUGGAAUCCGGUGGACUAGAUGGCGAAGGUGGCGAAGAGGAAUUCUCGAAGAUGUUGUUGGGAAUGAUGGAGCAGUUGACUAACAAGGAAAUUCUGUACGAGCCGAUGAAAGAGCUGAAUGAUAAGUUUCCAGGCUGGAUGGAAAAGAAUGCCGCGACGGUCGAUGCAGCGGAUUUGAAGCGGUAUAGAGAGCAGCAGGUGUAUGUUAGUGAGAUUGUGAAAAGGUUUGAGACAAAGACUUAUAAGGAUGAGAAUGUGGCGGACAGGGAUUACAUUGUGGAGAGGAUGCAGAAGAUGCAAGCGGCUGGCUCGCCGCCUGCUGACCUUGUGGGAGAUAUGGCUUCUGCGCAAGAAGCUUUCGGGGGUCUCGACGGAGCUCCUGAAGAAGGAUGUCCGACGCAAUGA